AUGGACAUCACCAUCGGCUUUUUCCCAAAGCUAUCUAUUAGCUGCUAUCCCUUCAGGCCUUCAUUUAGAGAUUUUGUUGUCUGGAAAGGGGAGACUGCAACUCCUACUCCUGCUCCAGCUUGGUCAACUGAUUCAGGAAAGAUUGCAAGGCAUACUUCCUUAAGGUACAUUCUUAAAGAACAAAAGAAUAAAGGUGGUGGUUCUUCUGUUCAACAACAACAACAUCAAGUACAUGUCCCAAUGCAGAAGCCCAUGUCAUCAUCUGUUCAAACUAAAAAUGGUCCUUCAUGGUCAUCACCUGUCCAGAUUAUGUCACAUAGUGGGAGCACUCUUAUGUAUUAUGUCAAAAGCACCUAUUCAGAAAUUUGUUGA